CUUUGUCACAGGCAGCGGGGCCGACAUGUGCCUAUGACCAUGGAGAUGAAGGACUCGGGCAGCGUGGUCCUGACAGCUUACCAUCCGCACAACCCGGCCAGGAUACCGAGCAUGGAGCAGAGCUUUGUGCAGGACAUCCCCCCCAGCCAUUCACCCCCCAGCAGAAAGUCUCUCCCUCGUUGUCGAAGAAUUAACAGGAUGCUUUCCAAUGAGUCGGCACCUUCUCCUGCAUUCAGUCGCUCCAACUCACAGGCCUCCAUGGACAGUACCUCCAUGGAGGACUUCUGGUGCGAAGUGGAGAGCAUCAAGGAGAGCAGUGAAGAUGGAUCUGAAGAAGCAACGCUCUUGGAGUUCAAACCUGCUGAUGAAGGGGAGCUGGAGGCAGAAUGGCUGCAAGACGUAGGUUUAUCUACAUUGAUCUCGGGAGCUGAAGAGGAGGAUGGCCAAGCCCUGCUGUCCACUCUGACACGAACUCAAGCUGCCGCCGUACAGAAGAGGUACAACACCUACACUCAGACCCUGAGGAAGAAGAACAAGCACACAGUCCGGGAUGUGCGAGACAUCUUUGGCACCAAUGACUCUUCUCCCACAUUUGAGACAGUUCCAGUGUCACCAGUUCCUUCUAAUGGUAUCCAGCUUCCUGGGCAGAAGCCAGUUUGGAAAUCAGUUAGCUCUAAUAGCUGUCUAGACUGCGGACUAGAUAAAGGCAGACCAUCCAUAACAGAAGAGCUCUCCUAUGAGGUCUCUUUCUCAGAAUCCAUUAUGGUCCAUCCAAAAACCCAAGAACAGCCGAAAAACCAGAGGUUCAAAAAAGAAGACUCUGCUUUGCCUAAAUUCAUUGUUCGGAAAAGCCGGUUUGGACUGACAGAGGUUGGAGACCUCUCUCCUGAAGACAUGAAGAAGAUCCGCUACCUCUCCCUGAUUGAGCUAACAGCCUUCUAUGAUGCAUUGGGGGUGGAGCUGAAGAGGAACCGCGCAGAGAGGGUGCGGGGACGAGAAAAUGGUCUGUUUGGAGUCCCUCUUACCGUAUUGCUGGAGAAUGAUCAAAAGAAGGUUCCUGGAAUAAAAGUUCCCCUCAUCUUCCAAAAAUUGCUGCUCAAGCUUGAGGAAACAGGUUUGGAAACAGAAGGAAUUCUACGAGUGCCUGGAUCUGCCUCCAGAGUCAAGAAUCUCCAUCAAGAACUCGAGGCAAAAUUUUAUGAAGACACUUUUGACUGGGACCAAGUACGAAAUAAUGAUGCAGCAGGACUGCUGAAAAUGUUUAUAAGAGAACUCCCAAGCCCACUCUUCACAGUAGAAUAUCUGCCUGCUUUCAUCAUGCUUGUGGAAAAAAUCUCCAAGAUCAAGUUACAGCUACAAGCAUUGCAUCUGUUGAUCAUGCUGCUGCCUGAAGCCAACAGAGACACAGCCAAGGCCUUUCUUCAGUUCCUGAAGAAGGUGGUUGCUAAUGAAGGGAAAAACAAAAUGAAUUUGUGGAAUGUUUCUAUGAUUGUUGCACCAAACCUCUUCAUCUACAAAGGGAAACGUGCAAACCAACAAGAAAUGCAAGCAGCCGCCACCACAGCACACAUUGUGCGGCUUUUAAUUCGGUACCAGGACAUCCUGUGGACAGUGCCAUCCUUCCUGAUUUCCCAAGUGAGAAAAAUGAAUGAGGCAGCAAUGAACAACAGCAAGAGGCAGCUGAUGUUUGACAAAGGAGUGAGAAAACUUCUGAGGAGAAAGACGAUGGAACGGGAGAGACCUGAAAGACCAGAGGGAGCUGUCACUUUUCCCCCAUACCUGCAGUCUGACAUACCCGAGGGGGUGAUAAGAGUUUAUGCUCCGCUGCAUUCAAAAGUCUCUAUGGCAAUUCAACUCAACAGCCAAACAAAAGCCAAAGACAUCCUGGCUCGAUUCCACUGUGAAAACAGCCGUGGUUCAUCACAGAACAUGAGAGGCCAGAUCCAAAGUUUACAUGAAAUUGGAGGAAAUAUAGGCCAGCACUGUUUGGAUCCGGAUGCGUACAUGUUAGAUGUUUACCGCGCAAAUCCUCAGGCAGAAUGGGUGAUAAAACCAAAAGCAAGCUGA